AGAAUAAUAAUAAUAACAAAAGAUUACUUUUACUUAUAAUAAAAAGAAGCAAGACUUUGAGUUGGGCGGUGGUGUGGUGGCGCACGGUGCAAAGACAGUAUGAAUCCGAUGAGAAUGAGAAUGGAUCCACUGACUCUUCUUCGUGAUUUCACGAUGAGAGGCGAAUUAGACAAGAUAGUCCGUCUCAACACCGACUUCCGUUUCGGCGACGAAUACACCUUCCCCUGCUCUCUCGAAACCGCUUAUCGUUCCACCAAAGGUAACCGCUACACACUCGAAACCCUAGUUCAUUACAUCAAAAACCACCACCUCAAACACACUGAGUAUUUCCAAAACACCUUAGCUCUCGGAAUCCCCUCCGUUACUCUUCCCGAUCGGAAACCUAUCCUUAACUACCUUCAAGGCAUUCUCUCCACCACCGAUUCCAUAGAAUAUCUCCCCGAAGACCCUUCCGAAGAUCCUACUUCUCUCAACCAACAACAACAACCCUCUCAACUUCCCAAUUCAGAUCAAAUCGUUGAGGAAGUGCAAGUGCCACCGUUGGAUUUCAUCGCCAUGAUUAGAGCAGCUGAGAAGCCUCUCAAGGAUCGUGAAUCGCUACUCGAGUGUAAGAAUCGUGACUUCUACAGUGUUCUUGUCGCGGCUACAAAGCGCGAAGAGGAGCGUCAGAGGAUGGAGUCUCAUCAGAGGAAAGAUGGUCUAGUUGCAAAGAGUCGAUUGAUGGGUAGUUCUGAUGAUUUUGGUGAUGAAAUGGGAUAUGAUCAAACUCCUAAACCUAAAAUGCAUCUCAAAAUUGGGGAAGGUGUUCCUAUUAUUUUGGUUCCUAGUGCUUUUCAGACACUUAUUACUAUCUAUAAUGUUAAGGAGUUUUUGGAAGAUGGGGUUUAUAUACCUACUGAUGUUAAGGUUAAGCAGAUGAAGGGUGCUAGGCCUGAUUGUGUUACUGUUCAGAAGAAGCUUAGUAGGGAUAGAGCUGUUACUGCUUAUGAAGUUAGGGAUAAGCCCGCUGCACUUAAGCCCGAGGAUUGGGACCGUGUUGUCGCUGUUUUUGUCUUAGGGAAAGACUGGCAGUUCAAGGAUUGGCCUUUUAAGGACCAUGUCGAAAUUUUCAAUAAAAUUACCGGAUUUUUUAUGCGUUUUGAAGAUGAUAGUAUAGAGUCAGCAAAGACUGUGAAACAGUGGAAUGUGAAGAUUAUCUCGAUUAGUAAGAACAAGCGGCAUCAAGACAGGGCUGCAGCAUUGGAGGUGUGGGACAGACUAGAAGAAUUUGUACGCUCACGAUCACAUUCUUGAUUUGUAGCAUAUUUAGAGAUCAAUGUACGUAAUUUCGAUUUCGAGUUCCUGUAUCCAAAUAUUACAAUUUUUGGUGUCUUGUGAUGUUUUAUCGGAUGAUAUUAGAUAAGUAGUUCCUACUUUUAAUGAUAGUAUUUGUAAAAUUAAGGUUGUCCUGGCACUGAUAUCCUUUUUAUGCGCCAAAGAUUAAAAUGCUAUUGCACCAUAUAGUGGAUGGAAACUUUUAAAUUGUAACCAAUUCUUGAGAUUCUUGAGUUGUUAGGUGUCUCUAAAUUUAUACUGCCAAAGUUCUUGUCCUUAUAAGACCAAUUUUCAUGCAACAUUUGACAUUACUUGAACUUUUGUUUUUCAUCAGUAAUUGUAGAAUCUACACUCUUUUUUUGGGAAAUGUAGAAUCUAGACUCUGUUGAAUGAGUUUUAGAAUGUUCUUCAAAAUAUUUGGUUUUUAUUU